AUGCCGUUGAAGUUCAAUGCAAUAUUUGGUGAGUUAGAGGGUCAGUCCUGGAUAAUUUAUUUUCAGCCCGGAAUUAUCACCACAUUCUUAUUUGUACUAACCUCUGUAAAUGGAAUUCUAUGGGUGACAGAGAAAAGACUGAAAAUUUCAGAUCGAGGCACAGUGGCCGGGAUCAAGUUUGGUCAUAUAAUUGCUGCCAGUGUAAUCUCGGAUACGGUCGUAAUUAUUGUCCAGGUUGGCAUUGUCAUAUUCAUGAUGGUCUACUUGUAUGACUUGGACAUCAAAGGGUCGUGGGAAUUGGCUGUGCUCCUAAUGUUUCUUGUCUCAUUGUCGGGACAGUCUUUCGGCUAUUUAUUUGCCACUCUGACCAAUAAUGAGAUGGACAUCAUCAUAAUUUUGAUGUUCCUCAACGGCGUACUCUUGGUCGGUUCUGGAGUAGUUUGGCCCUUGGAGACAGUAAGGAUGAGUUGGCGUGUCCUAUGUUUGAUGCUCCCCGUCUCUAUUCCAACGGCGUCGUUAAGAUCAAUUAUAUUUCGAGGAUGGGGUCUGGAUCAUACGGAAGUUCUUCAAGGGUUUGCCGUCACAAUUUGCUGGAUCGUGGUCACACUUGGAGUGAAUAUUUGGUUGAAUCGGCGUAAGAAAUAG